AAUUCAACCCUUCUCUCUCGCUUUGUUUUUUUGUUAAUUCUCUCUCUACCAUUACCACCACCACCACCUUCCUCUCUCUCUCUCCAAACAGGACAUAAUGAGAUGAUGAGAAAUAACAACAAAAGGUGGUAGAUGCAUGAGCAACAAUCUCUCUUUCUCUCUCUCUACAGCCUCACAACACCACCACCUUCCCUUUUUUCUUCACUACCCCUUCAGAUUUCACCCCAACUCCCUCUGAUUCUCCUCGGUUUCUACGCUCCCACAACCACCGUCACCGUCACCACCAUCACCACCACCACCCUUGUCUCUCCCCUCUCAGGAAGGUUGGGGUGAACUAUGGUGAGCUUAAGGAGGCGCAAAAACCUGGGACUUUGUGCUGGACGCGCUUCUUUUCUAGCUCCACUUCCUAAGUUUUCUGAGAAUGGUAAUGCUCCUGUCAAUCAUGUCCAACCGGCAAGACCAUUCAGUGUGCAACCUGUGCCUUCUGAUGAUGCUAAACAACCAAUAGUGGUAAAUUCCGCGAAAGUAGGUCCUGGAUCCUCGAAUGUAUCUGGUUCUAGCUCAUCAAAAGAGCAGCAUAGUAAGCCAUUUUCAGGACAAGAAAUUAAACGCAGAAAACGACACCGGAGAAAGCAUUUUCAAGACCAGGAACCAUGUGUAAUGAGAGGUGUCUAUUUCAAGAAUAUGAAAUGGCAGGCAGCAAUAAAAGUCGACAAGAAACAAAUCCACUUAGGAACUGUUGGUUCACAGGAAGAAGCUGCCCAUCUGUAUGACAGGGCUGCUUUUAUGUGCGGGAGAGAGCCCAACUUCGAGCUUCCAGAGGAGGAGAAGGAUGAACUUAGGCAGUUCAAAUGGGAAGAGUUCUUGGCAAUGACCCGUCAUGCAAUCACUAACAAAAAACACAAGAGAAGGCUUGGGGCAGGGUUGCAGAAGCAUUCUGAGCCUCCACAGCAGAAUAGUGAUGUGGAGGGCGAGCAAGGCACAAAUGGUUUCUCAGCUUCAGAAGAUGUAGAGCCAGAUACAUCAGCCUCUUGAAAGAUAUGUGGUCUGGAAACAAGGCUAAACUGUCUGGGUUCAAACAGUAAAAAAGUGUUAGCUUCUCAGGCUCUUUGAUUUUUUUUUUUUGGUGUAUAAAAGCCCCUAUUUAGGGCAAAUGAUGAUGGAUUUGAUUGUCAGAUGGUAAGCAGAUCCUUGGUAGUUUUGAUCCAAAUAAGGAGGUGAGUAUAAGACCCAGUCAGAAGCACCAUAUUUCUCCAUUCUAUUACUCUCAUGCUUCACUUCUUUUAAGGUGAAUGCCUGAAGUGAUUAUUGUACUCCAUAUCCUUAAAAUAGCUUUGUUUCCCAGAUCUACAAUAACUCUAUGACAAGCUUCUCAGUUUAUAUGCAUCA